AUGCACCGGUCCGAUUCUAUGAUCUGUAUCGGCACUGAUCCAGACCGAUUUGACGGCUCGGUAUCGGUGCCGAUCCAGACCUAUUUGGCGGAUCGGACCAGUGGAGAGAAGGUGAGCAAGCUGAGCCUUGUGGAUCUGGCUGGGAGCGAGAGAGCGGCCAAGACGGGUGCCGCCGGCGAGAGGCUGAAAGAGGGCAGCAACAUAAACAAGUCACUCACUACGCUCGGCCUGGUCAUCUCUGCGCUGGCAGACCAUGGCGCAGGCAAGAACAAGAGCAAGUUUGUGCCCUACAGAGACUCUGUGCUCACCUGGCUGCUCAAGGACAGCCUUGGUGGAAACAGCCGGACAGCAAUGGUAGCCACCAUUAGCCCAGCGGCUGACAAUUACGACGAGACCUUGUCCACUCUACGCUAUGCUGAUCGGGCGAAAAACAUAGUCAACCAUGCCGUUGUCAAUGAAGACCCCAAUGCCAAGAUUAUACGAGAGCUCCGUGUGGAGGUGGAGAAGCUGCGGGUGCAGCUCACUCAGGCUGAGUCCCUGAAGGCUCCUGAGCUCAAAGACAGGCUGGAGGAAUCUGAGAAGCUGAUCCAGGAGAUGACGGUGACGUGGGAGGAGAAACUGAGGAAGACUGAAGAGAUAGCACAGGAGCGACAGAAGCAGCUGGAGAGUCUUGGUAUCUCCUUGCAGUCUUCUGGCAUCAGGGUUGGAGAGGACAAGUGCUUCUUGGUUAACCUCAAUGCUGACCCUGCCCUCAAUGAGCUGCUGGUUUAUUACUUAAAGGAACACACCCUAAUAGGCGCAGCCAACACUCAGGACAUCCAGCUGUGUGGAAUGGGUAUCCAGGCAGAACACUGCAUCAUGGACAUCACAGCCGAUGGCGGUGUGAUCCUCACCCCAUACCCGAAGUCCCGUACGUGCGUGAAUGGCUCCCCAGUGACAAGCCCACUCCAGCUUCACCAUGGAGAUCGCAUCCUCUGGGGGAACAACCAUUUUUUCAGGAUCAACUUGCCUAAGCGACGGGCGCGUGGUGAAGUUGAAGAUGAGGAAGGUGACGGCAGUGUCAUGAAGAACAGCAACAGUGGCGAGCCACUGGAUGGCGACGGGGACACUGGAAGUGAAGUGUCCAGUGAAGUCAGCUUCAGUUAUGAGUUCGCUCAAACGGAAGUGAUGAUGAAGGCCUUGAGCAGCAAUGACCCCAUGCAAGCCGUGCUGCAGGGCCUGGAGCGACAGCACGAGGAGGAGAAACGCUCCGCCCUGGAACGGCAGCGGCAGAUGUACGAGCAGGAGCUGCAGCAGCUGCGCAGGCGCCUGACGCCCGACAAGCAGUCGCUGCUGAGCCCGCAGUGGUCGCAGCAGCACUACCGCAGCAUGGAGAGGCUGAGCCUGGGUGGGGCUUCCUCUGCGUCAUCCAGUGCACAGCAGCGCCUGCGCCAGUGGGGCGAGGAGAGAGAGGCGGUGUUGACACGCAGCCUGAGGAAGUUGCGGGAGCAGAUCGUGAAGGCCAACCUGCUAGUGCAGGAGGCCGGCUUCAUCGCCGAGGAACUGGACAAGAAGACCGAGUACCGCGUCACUUUGCAGAUCCCGGCAGCCAACCUCAACGCCAACCGCAAGCGUGACGCGGUCUUGAGCGAGCCAGCGGUCCAGGUGCGACGGAAGGGCAAGGGAAAGCAGAUCUGGACCCUGGAGAAGGUGGAGAACCGUCUGGUGGACAUGCGGGAGCUGUACCAGGAAUGGAAGGACUUGGAUGAGGACAAUCCUGUGAUGCGUUCUUACUUCAAACGAGCGGACCCUUUCUUCGAUGAACAGGAGAAUCACAGCUUGAUUGGUGUAGCCAAUGUCUUCCUCUCCUGCCUCUUCUAUGAUGUCAAACUGCAAUACGCUGUGCCCAUUAUCAACCAGAAAGGGGAGGUGGCAGGGCGCCUCCAUGUGGAAGUUUUGCGCGUCAGCGGCAGCUUCCAGGAUGAUGGCGAGGACUAUGUGGAGAACCCUGAGGGGGAGAUGCUGGAGCGCAAGCUAGUCUGCAUGAUAAAGAUCUUGCAGGCUACGGGGCUGCCCUGGCACCUCUCCAACUUUGUCUUCUGCCAGUACUCCUUCUGGGACCACUCCGAGCCUAUUGUUGUGGGGCCAGAGAUGGACCCCUGCUCGUCCCCCAGCAUCAAGGACCCCCACUUCAUGGUGGUGUUUGACAGCUGCAAGGAACUGUCUGUGUCGGUAACUGAGGACUUCAUUGAGUACCUGACAGAAGGCGCGGUGGCUAUUGAGGUCUAUGGACACAAGAAGAAUGACCCGUGCAGGAACGCGGCUCUUUGGGACCUUGGCGUCAUCCAGGCCAAGACCCGCACGCUGAGGGACAGGUGGAGCGAAGUGACCCGGAGGCUGGAGAUGUGGGUGCAGCUGCUGGAGCUGAAUGAAAACGGCGAGUACAUCCCGGUAGAGGUGGUGGCCGCCCCGGAUGUGUGCACCGGCGGCAUCUUCCAGCUCAAACAGGGCCAGUCCCGGCGCAUCCAGGUGGAGAUCGUCUCUGUGCAGGAUUCGGGCACCAUGCCCCUGGUGGUGGAGACGAUCCAGGCCGUGUCCGUGGGCUGUGUGGAGAUUCGCCAGGCUCACACCUCCAAGGGUGACGGUGAUGACAUGGACAGCUAUCAGGAACGGGACUUGGAGCGACUUCGACAGCAGUGGUUAGCGGCCCUAACCAAGCGACAGGAGUACCUGGACCAGCACCUCCAGAAACUAGUCAGCAAACCAGACAAGACCGAGGAUGACGUCGACCAAGAGGCCCAGCUGCUGGAGUGCCGUCUCACCCUGACAGAGGAGCGAAACGCCGUCCUGGUGCCCUCCGCUGGUAGUGGCAUCCCUGGCGCCCCUGCAGAGUGGGUUCCUGUGGCUGGGAUGGAGAAACACAGCCCGGUCCUCUUCUUAGAUCUCAAUGCGGAAGACUUCAGUUCCCAGGACAAUCUGGACAUGGCGGAAGCGGGAGGCUGGGACGCCACGCUCAGCGGAGAGGACGAGGAUUAUUUCUUCGACCUACAGAUUGUGAAGCACGAUGACAACGAGGUGAAGGCCGAGGCUUCCUGGGACUCGGCCGUGCACGAGUGUCCCCAGCUGAGCCGGGGGGGCGCGGCACAGGAGCAGCGCGUCUACCUGAUCGUGCGCGCAGUGGUGCAGCUCAGCCACCCGGAGGAGAUGCAGCUGGUCUUGCGCAAGCGCAUCUGCGUCAGCGUCGUCGGCCGCCAGGGUUUUGCCCAGAACUUUCUGCGGCGGAAGUCCCAGCGGAGCACCAUCCCUGGCUGCGGGGUCACCUUCGAGAUCGUCUCGAACAUCCCCAGGGAUGCCCAGAGCUCCGAAGACCGGGAGAUGCUGGCCCGGCUCGCCGCCAACACGGAGAACCCCAAAUCUGCUGACAGCGAGGCAGCCAUUGAGAAGUACCUGCGCAGCGUGUUGGCCGUGGAGAACAUCCUCACGCUGGACCGCAUGCGGCAGGAAGUAGCUGUGCGGGAGCAGUUUGCAGUGAAAGGGAAGGGGAACAGACGCAGCCUGAGCUCCCCCAACGUAAACAGGUUGACUGGGAGCAGACAAGAUCUUUCCACAAGUUGCUUGCUGGAUGACAAGGGCCGCUGGGAGAGUCAGCAGGACAUUUUCAGGGCUUCCCCUCAGCUAAGCCGCCCCCCUCCGCAGCCCUCCCCUGCAGAAAGCCAGGAGCCAGAAUCAGGUAUCUCAAGACUGGCUGCCUCUUGUCUUUCCCCAGUGAAGGCUCUGGCUCCUCAGAUGCCUAAACUGCUGAAGUCCCUCUUCCCUGCCCGGGAUGAAAAAAAAGACCUUCGCCCAUCACCUCAAGCCCAGCAGCCUGUUCCUCGCAUCAUGGUACAGUCCAUUCAUGAAGGCCCCAUUAAGCCAGAACUGGUCGCCACAUCGGGUCACAGUCCUUCAUUGGAGAGAUUCUCGGACAUGCCAGAUUCUCCACCUCUAUCUAAGCACGAAACGCAUGAUGACACGCUGCUCAGCCCUACCAGUGAGGUGUCAAGCGGUUAUUUCUCUACCAGUGUCUCCAUGGCAACCCUGUCCGAGGUGUAUUCCACUGGUGGAGAGCCUGGCGCCUGCCCGGGUACAGCUAGCAUCGCUACUACGCCUAGCAUUGACAGUGAGGACACCGCAGUGAGAUCGCUUAACUCCACCGCUGUAGUGGAUGGGGGGAAAGAUGGAUUUCGAGGCACUGCUGAGAAAGGAAAAGGCCAUCUAAGAGCAGUGACCCCCGUGGAGCUGAAAGCUGCUGACAGGAACGGUCUUGUGUCGUCUCAGCUAGACACAAAGCCUGUCCUUCCUACAGCAAGCCCCCUUCCAGCAUUACUAUCUGCUGAUGGCUCGACGAGGGCCGGCGAUUCCCACAAAGCCAAGAUGACAGCGACCCCUGAUGUUAAGCCCUUGAAGAAGUUUAUGGACGAGGUGGAGAAAACAGCUUGGCCUGAAACAGGCCAGUCAGGGAGCCUGGAGAAGCUGGAGAUCACUUCGGACUCGGAUGAAGCGCUGGACACCACGUUGCCAAACUGGUUGAAGGGCGGAGCGCGGGUGACUGUGGGCGGGGGCAAGUGCGGGACAGUUCGCUACGUUGGGACCACGGAUUUCGCAGACGGCAUCUGGGUGGGGGUUGAGUUGGACAGUCCGUCAGGUAAAAAUGACGGCUCUGUAGCCGGUCGUCAGUAUUUCUGCUGUAACCCUGGUUACGGGGUCCUCGUGCGGCCGGAGAGGGUGGGUCCUGGAGCAGGUGCCAAGUGUCCUACACAGGACCGGCGACGCAGUGGCUUGUCUCGAGGGGAGAACCGCAAGUCUUGGACCAGCUAAAGGAGGCUGUGUCGACACCCCCUCCCCCCACACUGGCUCACACAUCUCCUGUGGUGUUGAUAUGUGUAGAGCAGCUCCACCUUUCCUGACAGACACUGCCCGGUGGGUUGGCUCCCGCUAUCUGCCUGUGAGGAUGUACGGGCGACACGUGAUGCGCGGCAUGACAUCAAGAGCUGGUUUAUCCGCAAUUAAAUCGCUUUGCCCAGGGAAGCGUGCUCGCGUGUUUAGAGAAGUGGCAGAAUCGCUGCUUUUGCUGCUGAAUCAGAAAGUGAUUUGCGUCUGAUUGAUUUUCCUACCCCCUAACACUAUUUAACAGAAUGCAGUAUUCUACAGCAAUAUUUUCCAAAAGCCUCUGAGUGCAGCUGCUCUCCUUUCGGCUGAAAUUAUCCUAAAUGGUAUAAGAACUAAACAGAUCUUGUUACUGACAAAAUGUUGCAGUAGUGUUGGUUUUAUUUAUAUAGCUGAAAAUCCAGAUUCGUGCCUUUAAGAAUCAAGGAGGGAAAGGAAAAGUCUUCUAUCUGCACAGAAUGCCUUUUUAAAGACAGAGUCGGUCUCAGGGAUGGUUCUGCAGUGCCUUUCCGGACCUACAUGACAGCCUAAGCACACUGGAAGAACAACAAUUCCCCUUCCACUAUCAGCUUCCUGCAAAAAAGCUGUUCCUGUUUUUAUGACAUUUCUGAAGGCAUAUUUAUGCAUACACAUAGAUAUACUUUUAUUUUGAGGAUGCGCAAAGACAACCGCGCUUUUGAUUUUACUGAAAUCGUGGAUUAAGAUAAAUCAAAGUCCUGUACCGCUGAUUUUAAGCACAUAUGCCAUCCUACUGGGAUGGAUUUUAAUAUAUACAUUAUGGUAGAGAGACAGUCGGCGUGUGUCCUGGACCUUUGGGCAUUCGUUUACAGUCCCCAUUUCCCCUUAAACUGUGAUUAUUAUCUAUGUCAUCUCAUAUUGAGUCUGACUGUAGAAGCUGUAUAGAUGCAGAAGACUAUAGGUCACCUUGUCCCAGAAAUAGACACAAAGUGCAGAUUAUCAUUAAAAUGUUUGUUUGAAAUCAAAAUUAGAAGUGGCCCUUUAAAAGGGUUAAUAUAUUUACUUCCUUCUUGUGUGAGGGUCUCUGCGACUAACGCGUGCUGCGAAUUUGAAAUACUAGCCUUGAUUCUAGCCCUUGAUUCUCUCUAGCCUUAACUUUUGCACAGGUCGCGAUUGCGGAGCAUCGACAGCAAUCCUUUGUUUUUUUGAAAAACGGCCCGCGCGGAAUAAAAAAAAAGUCAGCAUUUCAAAAAUAUGCAGCAUUCUCACAGUGUGGCGAGGGGCCGCGUUCAUCCCCACUGCCCUUUCAAAUAGCUGUCUACAGAGCAUUUUAAAUACUAUCAUGCCUCGCUUCCAAAUAAGAAUUUCAUAGCUUCAGUAUUGCAUUCUGUUAACACAAGCAAAAUGUAUCAUUUUAAUCUUUUUUUUUUUUUUUCUGUGCUGAAGUCUAAAAUAAACACAAACCAUACAGACUUAGACUGUACAUAUGAGGUGGUAGUUUUGCUGAUAGAAAUUUUUACCUAUUAACCCUGCUUUUAUAAACUCAAAUCCUGUUUCAUCGUUCCAUCAUCAUAUGUGUUGUGUAUAUACUACUUUUUUUCAAGGCAUGGAUUUUUAUUUUGAUUUAAUGGCACUAUAAUUCUAUUAAUGCAUCCAGUAUCGUAAUGUAUAGGAAUGACAUUAAGGACAACAAAUAGGUUCCAGACAAACGUGCUUGUUUAACACUGAAUCCAACUUGUGCUGCAUAGUAUUUUGAUACAGCAGCUCUUACUAUAAACGUACAGUCAGACACCCAGAUCAAAGAACCUGCACUGCUGCUGUACUGCACGGUAUGUAGGUGCAUUUUGCUGAGGGAUCACAGCAUGCUGCUCUACGGAAUGCACAAAGGGCCAAAGCACCUUUUCUGUUUUGAAACCAUCCAUAUGAUGAUUACCCGUAGCUGGACAGUGUUUGUAUCCAUGUUGUCAUUCCCUGUUUCCGUAUGUAUUCUUGUGGGACCUUUUAAUUACCAGUUGCAAUCUGCAAUGAAAUGUGUGCAAUAUAGGGCUCCCUACCUCUGACUGUUCAUGUAAUGACUAAACCGAUUCACGUGUAGGUUAAUGUCCUUUUUUGUAAAAAAUACUUUUGGGAAACGAAAAAAAAAUAAAUCUUUUUAACUCCUAAAAUUAAUAUUCUUAUCUAAAACAUGUUCACUAAACAUAUGAUUCCUACUGCCUGUUUAUACUUAUUAACACUCAGGUUGUAAAUAUUUGGUGUAAGUACUGUAUGUAAACAUCUAUUAUAUGUAAACAGCCCUGGAAUGCCAAGCAGUAGGUUAAGGACAAUGUCACAUUGUCACAGAGGAAGUGGAAGUGGCCUUGAAUUGAGUUGCUCUGACUAGAAUGAGCUUUUUCAUGCCGAAGGUGCUGUGAUACUUACCUUAGACGUUUACCAUGUGACCCAGACAGCGGGAGUAAAACGGUUCUGAACGGAUCGCAGAAGAGGUCGUGCUUUUUAAGCUGUUGCCUGCUUGAUCCUUGAGUGAAUGGUCUGUUCUGAAGACCUGAUGCAAAUUCCGGCAACCACCCCUAUCCUUGUCACGGCCCCCAUGUCAUGCUGCCUCCCUGACUGCACUGAUGUCCCUGCUGAAAUUACUUUCCAUCUGUGCCUCAUUUCAUAAUCGUGUUGCUGUGCAGCCAGUUGUGUGAUGUGUACUAUAGCUGUACCUACUGUACAUCAGCCAUUAGACAAAACAUAGGUUUAAUAUUAUUGUAUACAUAUGCUUCAUAUUAAGUGUAUAAUAAUCUGAUGUUCCCAUUUAACACAAUUUGUUGUAAACUGCGGAUGCUUUUUGUCUGUAUAUGUACAUGGGAGUGCAUGUACAUAUGCACAGAGUCACAAGUGAAAGGCCCUAGUCUGCUAACUGAACUGUUAACUGAUUAUUCUGUGCUGAGACCCAAAGAAUACAAUCGUGUAAUACUGUGCAUUUUUAAGAAAUCAGUUCUUCUGGUCACAGGUUAAUAAAAUUUGUUUUUACAGAAUCUCUCGAA